CAUGCAGUAAUUUCAUAGCGAUAAAUAGUCAGCGGCCCUUGGAUGACAGCACCUUGUAGCUCCAGAUGACUCGAGAUACUUAGAGAUCAUUUUUUUUCUUUUGCCGCAUCUCAAAAAGAUUGAAAAUAGGAGAAGAAAUUGGGACUAUAUCAAUCACACUUGCGACUAUUGUCGAGUAGCAAACACUGAGUAGGGAAACACUGAGAAUCAUGAACAACAAAACAGACCGCUCGGUAACUCAGAUCGAUAUUGCCGUUAUAUCAGCAGAGCUGGUGGAGGCUCUCCAGAACGGGCAUGAAGUGACCGCCCGGGAGUUGGCCAGGGCAAACAUGAAGUACAUGGCAAGCGAAAUCGGUCUUCUUCGACAUCAGAAUGGGUGGACGACCCUUCACGCGGUCUUAUUUUAUGGUCCAGUUUAUCUGGCAGAGGAAAUCUUACAGACAAAUGUUAACGUUAAGGCAACUCUAAGUAAGGGAGUUAAAUACACCCGCGAAGGGAGGGAGAAAGUCCUGAAUGCGGAGUCAGGAACCAUCGCUGCUGUCAUCGCAGGAAACCUGUCUCAAAACAAAAUGUGCACCUUAUUGACGUUGCUUGCUGAUAAGGGUGUCGAUGUUAACGCCCAGGAUAGUUUAGGGCAUGCGCCAAUUUUUUCCGCGGCAGGUAGGGGCUUAGACAGAGUGUUGAAACUGCUGAUAGCAAAAGGUGCAAAUGUAAACCUGUGCGAUAAGCGAGGAUGGAGUCCGCUUCACUUCGCAGCACACGGUUGUCACAAAGACGUCUGUCGCAUAUUACUGGAAAAUGGCGCUGUUGUCGAGCAACCUGAUUUAUACACCAAAGAAACGCCACUUCACCGAGCAGUCAAACCAUUUUUUGACCACGCAGAAGCAGUAGAGACGGUAAAGUUACUUCUUGACCAUGGUGCAGAUCCAAAUCUGCAGACGAUGAAUGGAGAUUCUGCCCUCCAUUUCGCUGCGCAGUGGACGUCACCUAAAGCGCCGCAAGUCCUGGCUUUGUUGGUAAUGAAAAAAGGCAACGUUAAUCUUCAAAACAAGAAAGAUUACACACCUCUCCACUUCGCAGCAGUGAACGGUCUGGAGGGAAACGUGAAGACGCUGCUACAAUUCCGCGCCAACGUUAUUCCGCGGAUGCACGAAGGAAAGACCGCUGCCGAUUUAGCGCCCUAUCCAGAGUUGAAAGCGCUGUUAAAACCUCCACCGGGUUCAGAGCCUCAGAAAUCAACAACGCUCACCCCAACCUCCAAAUCGAAGCCACACCAAGACACGCCCCAACCAAAACCACAGACUACUGUUCUCCAGUCAGAAACCACCGUUGUGCCAGCACAUGCAGCUACCGUAGUUAAUCAGCCAGAGUUACCAUCGCCGGCACUGCCUGUUGAUCCACCGCCCCAGGUCAAAUUUCCGCCGGCAACCUCAUCAGAAGUCUCUAUUCCAGGUACUGCUGCAUUAGACAGCGGCACUACCCAAGAAUCAACCGUGUUGGACAAACCUGUACCACAAAAGGACGACCUACAAUCAGCCGAUGCUCCACAAGAGGAAGCAGCCCCAGAAGAAGAAGAGCCAACGAAAGCAAAAAAAGAGAAAAAAGAAAAGAAGUCAAAACGCAAGAAAAAAGACAGAAAGAAAGAAGAAGAGGGGACAGAAGAGUCAUCAAAAUCUUUACCAGAUGGCGCAGAAAUGUCAGUCACACCAACUGCCACCCCAGAGAUGGCACCGGAGGUCUAAAUUAAAAUACAUUCAAAUAAGAAACUACGAAUCUUAAUUAAUUCAUUGAAAAGAGGCUAUGUUGUAUUUUACGUGGCUUGAAAACAAAUGGCGAGGUAAAUUGAAAUUAAAGACUAAAAUUUUUAAUUUUAACACUUUUCAUUUAGCGCUUUUUCGUAAUGUCUAGGCAUUCGAUUAGUUGAAUAUAUCAUGCAUGAAAUAUUUAAAUACUUAAAGCUAGAUAUGAUAAG